AACGUCGCCUAGCAACGGCGUGCUUUGAAUGGACAACAUCGCAGAAAACACGCGAGUGCCGUUGCACGCGCGUAACUAAAUCCAGCAGUUAGCUCAUGACACUCACGUCAUUACAUAUGCAAAUCAUAUAUCAUGGGUGCAGUCCAACGCAAACUGAUGCUGUUUUCGGCAGGAAGUGCUCAUCCGAGAGAACACGAUCAACCAAAAACGUAUUCGUGGGAUACCAAACCGAGAGUGGAUGCCGCGAACUACACGGUGGAAAAUGCAGUCGAGACAACUGUUACCAAAUGUCCGGGAAACGUCAACGGACAACAGUUCGUCAUACGAAAUUGCCACAACGCAAGUCUCUAUGUACUGGAUCACAUCAACUCUGUGACUAUUGAUGACUGCGCCAACUGCAACAUUGUCCUUGGCCCGACGCAGGGAAGUGUGUUUCUGCGCAACUCUAACAAUCUGCGGCUUGCGUCUGCGUGUCAACAGCUGCGGGCCCGCGACUGCUUUGCCAUAGAUUCUUGGCUCUGUUGCUCCACUCAACCGUCCAUAGAAUCCUGCUCCGAGAUGCGAUUUGGUUGUCUGACGCUGGCAUAUGAACAGUUCCCAGAGCAGCUAAAAAAGGCCCAGCUCAGUCCAUUCAACAACCACUGGAGUGAAGUGUAUGACUUUACUCCGACCGUACCAGAGCCAAACUGGUCACUGCUACCGCCAGAGGCAAGUGAUGAUUGUAGCAUUCUCCUGGCAGAAAUUUAG